AUGCAAAAAGAUGUACGCUACGAUCGGCAGAUUCGCCUGUGGGGUGAUGAGGGUCAGUCGCGCAUCGAGAAUGCCAACAUCUGUGUGCUUGGCUCAUCGGCACUGGCCUGCGAAAUUAUGAAAAAUUUAGUGUUGGCUGGCAUCAGAUCGGUGCAGAUAGUCGAUGCGGCGCGAAUCGUUGCUCCCGAUUUUGGCAGUAAUUUCUUUCUGGAUGGUGAAAUUGGUGAGCCACGAGCGAAAGCUGUAGUGAAGCUGCUUAAGGUAUAUUUUAACAGCGUUUUCACAGAGUCUUCGGGGAGAACCCCUUUGUCAACUUCCCUGUGA